CUGACGGAAACACGUGAACAACCGAACAUGCACGAAGUCUGGAGAAAAUCCUCCUAAAAAUGCAGCAAAGAUGAACCGGAGGAGAUAAAGACUCGGUUCGGCUCAGAUUCGGUUCAUGAUGGAGCUCGGAAACGGGUUCACAGCGGAUCCGAAUCAACCCCGCGGCGGCAGAACAAAAUCUGGCGCCGAUCCGAAUCCGGUUUAUAAAAGGAGAAGCUUCCGGAAAUGUCUGAUCUCCAUCAUCAUCAUCAUCUUCAUUAUCUUCAUCCUGGCAGGAUCUGCAUGUCUCCUCUGGUACUUUCUCGAGUACCGGGUGUGGGUUCUAGAGUCGCGGGUCCUCCAGCAGUACACCUGCAGUGUCUCCAUCCUCAAUAAGAACUUCAGCUCCAGUCUGUGGAACCACGAGAGCGCAGAGUUCAGAAGAGAAGCCUCCAUUGUGGAGAACAUGUUCGAGAAGCUGCUGAAAAACUCGGACCUGUCCAGAUUCUUCAACUCCAGCGCCGUCUUCGCCUUCAGUGAGGGCAGUGUCGUGGCUCAUCUGUGGUUGCGUCUGUCGGUCCCUGUGAGUCUGCAUGCGGUGGACCUGCAGCGCAUCAACAGCAGUGUGUUCAGAGAGCUGCAGCGCUGCAGUGGAGACCAGCACACCAGCACAUAUGAGGGACUGGACCUGCUGCUGUCGUCAUUCAGCAUCACCGAAACCAACAGCAAAGUUCUAGAUCUGUUUCAGGCCACGUUUGACUGUUACCGCUACAAAUCAGUGGUGUCGGUGGAUGUGACUCUGCUGGAGGGCCCGAACCAGCAGCACUCCUCCUGUCUGUGGCACCUGAGGGCCCCGUCCGGCCGGCGUCUGGAGCUGCAGGUGCAGUGGCUGCGGAGCGAGUGCAGAGACCGGCUGAUCAUCUACGACUCCAUCACACCCACAGAUACACACCUCAUCACCUCGCUGUACGGCUGUAGUCGGUAUGAGCAGUCGGUGCAGCUGCUGUCGUCUGCUGACUGGAUGACGGUGGUCUGGAAGCAGGGGCUCUACAGCUACAAGGACCCGUUUGCUCUGAGUGCACGGGCCUGGCCGGACCAGGUGUGUUCCCUCAGUGUUGCGCUGGAGCAAACUCUCGGUGUUCAGGGGGUUUUACGGACCCCCUUUUACCCCAGUUAUUACCCUCCUGACACCAACUGCAGCUGGACCUUCACAGUGCCGUCAGUGGACUAUGGUCUGACUCUGGCGUUUGAAGGCUAUGAGCUGAAGCGGGCCAGUUACAGUCAGACGUGCACACAGGGCAGCUGGAGCAUCCAGAGCCGCAGGCUGUGUGGUGUGCGCGGGCUGCAGCCGUAUGCAGAGCGGAUCUUCCUUCUGUCCUCCAGCAUCACAGUCUCUCUGAGCUCUGAGGUUUCACUGACCGGACCCGGAAUACAGAUACACUACAGCAUCUUUAACCAGUCUGAGCCAUGUCCCGGUCAGGCGUUGUGUAUCCUCAACGGUCUGUGUGUUCCAGCGUGUGAUGGGAUCACCGACUGCCCAAACGGCUCAGACGAGAGAAACUGUGUGUGUAUUGCUCAGUUUCAGUGCACAGAGGACAGUCAGUGUGUCGAUUACUAUAAAGUGUGUGACCAGCAUCCAGACUGCAUUGAAGGCAGCGAUGAGGACAACUGCACACAUGGUGUAACAUGCUCUGACAUGACGUAUGUGUGUGGUGAUGGAACGUGUCUGAAGAAGCCAAACCCAGAGUGUGACUUCAUCACUGACUGUCCUGAUGAAUCUGACGAGAAACACUGCGACUGUGGCCUGAGGCCCUUCAGCAGCCGUAUAGUGGGCGGGGCUGAUGCGGUGGAGGGGGAGUGGCCAUGGCAGGCCAGCCUGCAGAUCAGUGGGCGGCACAUAUGUGGAGGGGCGUUAGUCUCCGCCCAGUGGGUGGUGUCUGCAGCUCACUGUUUCCAUGAUGACAGGUAUUCUCCAUCAGUGUGGACAGUGUAUUUGGGUAAGCUGCGUCUGUCCAGCAGUGGUCAGUCAGAGGAGGCGGUGGGCGUCUCACUCAUUCACCUGCAUCACUACUAUGAUGACGAGACUCAUGAUUACGACGUGGCGUUGCUGCGGCUGGCGCGGCCGGUGUGGGCGGGUACGCUGGCACAGCCGGUGUGUGUGCCACCUGCCACGCACCAGCUGGAGCCGGAGCUGCUGUGCUGGGUCACUGGAUGGGGAGCGCUCAGAGAGGGAGGGGCAGUGAGUGAUGUCCUGCAGAAGGUGGAUGUUCGUCUGGUCAGUGAAGACGCCUGCGUUCGCUCGUACGGAUACCUGAUCUCUCCUCGGAUGAUCUGCGCUGGAUACCGCAGUGGAGGGAAGGACGCCUGUCAGGGUGACUCUGGCGGGCCGCUGGUGUGUCAGGAGCCAUCUGGACGCUGGUUUCUGGCCGGUGUGGUCAGCUGGGGUCGUGGCUGUGGACGGGCCGAUUAUUACGGCGUUUACACCCGGAUCACCAAACUCAGCGUGUGGAUCAAACGCACGAUCUCCUCCUGAGAGACUCCAACACAUCGCUCUGCACGCCGGACUAAACGCAGCUGGGUUGCCAGGUUUUCACACCAAGAGACCAACGGCCAAUCAAAAGUAGCCCAAAAGCAAGCCCAAACCCUAAUCAAGAAAUAUGGCAUUCCCAUAUGGACAAAACACAUCCCUGAACGCGUUAUACAGGGCUUUCUAUUACUUUUCUUAGAUGGAGUUGAACAGCGGGAGGCGAGGGGUGGGCAUAUUUUCACCCAUGGAUGACAAAAACAACCACACAGACCAAAAGUAGCCCAAUCCUGCGGGAAAACCACAGACUUGGCAGCACUGCAUUGCAGAUGAAGAUCAUGUGAUCGUGUGCAUAUGAAUAUUCAUGAACACACACACACUGUUCAUCUGCACAACUGAUCUUAAAGAAUAGCUGAUAAUGCUGACAGUCCUGUGAGCUCUGAUUAUUUAAUCUGUUCACAUGGAGUCAACAGUUUGUGCUGAAAAACUACAUCACCCAGAAUGCUGUGUAAUAGAUUCCUCCAAUCAGAGAUUUGCAGAGGUCGAUGCAUGCUGAAAUAGGUCUUUAGCUCCACCCACACCCAUGAUGCAUAAUCAAUGAUGUAAUCGAGUUUAUCAAUGCUUUUAAAAUACUGAAAUAAUUGUGUGUUCAUUCAUUUUCUUUUCAGCUUAGUCCCUUUAUUAAUCAGGGGUCACCACAGUGGAAUGAACCACCAACUUAUCUAGCAUAUGUUUUACACAGCAGAUGCCUUUCCAUCUACAACUAAUCACUGGGAAACACCCAUACACUACGGCCAGUUUAGUUCAUCAAUUCCCCUAUAGCGCAUGUGUUUGGACUGUGGGGGAAACCGGAGCACCCGGAGGAAACCCACACCAACACGGGGAGAACAUGCAAACUCCACACAGAAACACACACUGACCCAGCCGAGGCUACCCACUGCGCCACCAUGCUGCCCAAUUGUAUAUAUAGGGAGAAAAUAGAAAUAUCUAAAAUUCUGCAGGCUAUUUCUCAGCUGUUUUUAAAGGGAUAGUUCACCCAAAAUGAAAAUGCUCUCACUAUUUACUCUCCCUCAAGUGCUUAUAAACAUUUAUGAGUUUCUUUCUUUUAAACACAAGAGAAGAUAUUUUGAAGAAUGCUGAAAACCUGCACCCAUUGACUCACAGGUUUCCAGCUUUCUGUAAUGAAUGGUAAUUUGUGCUCAUCUCAAGAGAAAGAAACUGCUAAAUGUCUGAAACGGGUGAGAGUAAACCACAGAAUCGCCAUGUUUGUGUAAAUUAUUUCUUUAAUUUGAUAGUCAUUGCCAACGCUUCAUGGGAUUGUAGUUUUUCAGUGAAAAAAGCUCAGUUUUGUAUCUCUGUUCGAUUUUCUAAAACUUUUGUUCAAGUCAGAGAUUGUACUGUGGUUUCCUGAUCGCUGCUUGCUUUGGUUCAUUUCUUAGAACCCUUUAACCACAACUUGUGUUUUCUUUCAAAUGGUUAUGAGCAAUGUGUUUGUGCUGUUCCGACAGUUAUUAGCGCUUUAAGUUCUCUUGUUUCCGGCUGUUAGCUUGGCUCGAUUGAUUCUGAAUUCUCCAGAAAUGCACAAUGGGGACGUCACGGUGACGCAGUUCCUCUUUCCUGUAAAGGACUGACCGGUAAAACUCCCUGUGCCGUUCAGAACAGUCCCUUCUGAAGCGCUGAAACCAACAUGAGCAUCAGUCAUUGCUGGAACAAAUAAAGCAGAAAGUGUACAGAAA